AUGCAGACCAAGAAGAAACCCCACCAUUUCUCCCUUCUCCCUCUCCUCCUCUCCUUCCUCUCCCUCCACGCCGCCGCGGUGGCGGUGGCCAAAGACGGUCGGAGUCUAAUCAGCUUCAAAGCCGCCUUACCCAACCCACCGCCUCUACUAUCAAACUGGCUCCCCAAUAAGGACCCUUGCUCCUUCAAUGGCGUCAAAUGCCAAGGCCUCGCCGCCAACAGAGUCUCCGCCGUGGACCUCAGCUUCUCUCCCCUAAGCGCCAAUUUCCAUACCGUAGCGAAAUUUCUCCUCUCGAUUGACUCCCUCGAGAGCCUGACCCUUCAAUCGGCCAACGUCUCGCGGUCCAUAGCGUUUCCUCCCGGAUCUAAGUGUAGCUCUGUUUUGACCAACUUAGAUCUAUCAACGAAUUCUCUGUCGGGUCCCGUUUCAGAUGUUUCGGGUUUGGCCGCGUGCCCCGGUUUGAAGUCCCUUAAUCUCUCCGGCAACGCUCUGGAUUUCUCGCUGAAGGAGAAGUGGAACGGCGGGUUGAAGAUUGUUGCGGGUUUGGAGUCGCUUGAUCUUUCGUGGAACGACAUGUUUGACGAAUUCUCUAGAAGGGGUCGUUGUCGACGAUGGAUAAGUGGUGCUCUGUUUUUCAUAAAUGGUCUGUAG